GGCUUGCUGGCCCUCCGCCUCUCCGGCAAGAUGGCGGCGGCGGCGGCGGCGGCGGCGGCGGGCCGAGCCGGGCUGGGCUUCCUGCGGCGGCUGCGGCUCCCGGGCACGGCCGCGGCCAGGGGGCUGCGCGCAGCAGCGGGAUGCGUUCGGCAGCAAGAAUUUUCCUCUUUGGAGGAGAAGCCACAGUUCCCCGGAGUGUCGGCAGAAUUCAUAGACAGGCUGGAAUUCAUCCAGCCCAAUGUCAUUUCGGGCAUCCCCAUCUACCGGGUCAUGGACCGUCAGGGGCAGAUUGUCAAUCCCAGUGAGGAUCCACAGAUUCCUCAAGAGGAAGUGCUCAAGUUCUACAAGAGCAUGACGCUUCUCAACACCAUGGAUCGGAUCCUCUACGAGUCCCAGAGACAGGGCCGGAUUUCCUUUUAUAUGACCAACUACGGGGAAGAAGGCACGCAUGUGGGCAGCGUAGCAGCGCUCGAUGACACCGACCUGGUCUUCGGACAGUAUCGAGAAGCAGGUGUCCUGAUGCACAGGGGCUACCCGCUGGACCUGUUCAUGGCCCAAUGCUAUGGCAAUGCCAGUGACCCUGGGAAAGGCCGCCAGAUGCCCGUGCAUUAUGGCUGCAAAGAUUUGAACUUCGUUACCAUAUCGUCCCCGCUCGCUACCCAGAUCCCACAAGCGGUGGGUGCCGCCUACGCCUUCAAGCGGGCGAACACAAACCGGGUUGUGAUCUGCUACUUUGGCGAAGGGACAUCCAGCGAGGGUGAUGCCCAUGCCGGCUUCAACUUCGCUGCCACCCUUGAGUGCCCCAUCAUAUUUUUCUGCCGGAACAACGGCUACGCCAUCUCCACUCCUACAUCCGAACAAUACAGGGGUGAUGGAAUAGCCGCCCGGGGUCCUGGUUACGGCAUCCAGUCUAUCCGAGUAGAUGGCAACGAUGUCUUCGCCGUGUAUAAUGCCACCAAGGAGGCCCGGCGCCGUGCCGUUGCAGAGAACCAGCCAUUCCUCAUCGAGGCCAUGACCUACAGGAUCGGGCACCACAGCACCAGCGAUGACAGCUCCGCCUACCGCUCCGUGGAUGAAGUCAAUUACUGGGACAAGCAGGACCACCCCAUCUCUCGCCUCCGUCACUACAUGGCCAGCCGGAACUGGUGGGAUGAGGAGCAGGAGAAGAGCUGGCGGAAGAAAUCUCGCAAACGGGUGAUGGAGGCCCUCGAGGAAGCUGAGCGCAAGCUGAAGCCGAGACCUCAGCUCCUGUUCUCGGAUGUUUACUGUGAGAUGCCGUGGCACAUCGAGAAGCAACAGCAGGCCUUGGAGCGCCAUCUGAAACAAUACGGGGAACAUUACCCCCUGGACCACUUUGAGAAGUGAAUUCCCGCCUAGCAGGAUGCUCUCCUUGCAUCCCCUUUCCCCACCCGAGGACUGAUGCCCCCACCAGGGUGCCGCUGGGCCUGUUGGCGUCUUCAGCACCUCCCCGGUUGCCACAAAGUUGUUUUGCUGUUGGGGUGCACCCUCUGGCUUCCACUCACCCCUCUCCUUUUGGCCAGAGCAUCUCUGGCCCUCCCGAAAUUUUCUUACCAAAGGGCAGGGCAUCUGGUGCUUUGCUGUCGCUGCUAGCUGAACAGCCUUUAAUCUUUUUUUUCUUUUUUAAAGGCAAGCAAAAAAGGAGAGAAAGCACAUCUGGGGCUUGGUUGGCCUGUGGCAAGACACUGAAGUGGGACUGGGGAACCCGCUUUCUGGGAGAGUUGAAAGGGGGGUUAAUGCGUGCAUCGCUAGGUGUAUUUCUGUGAAUGUCUGGGGCAGGGUGGAAUCUGUCUGAAUAUCACUACUUCAUUCUAACAAUGUCAAGCAUCUAAUUUAGAACUUGGGGCCUUUCUGCCUGGUUUGAGGGCUUCGACUUAGCUUUGCCUUGAAUCUGGUUUCGGGAGCAAGUGACAAUAUCACCUCCGUUUGCUUUCCUGGGUUCUUUUCUUGGAAAAUACAGGGCUGGGCUCAGAUACACAGCUUGGCAUUUGGGCACUGCCUGGUACUCGGUUUCUUGAGGAACGUAUUCAUCUUUUACGAUUCAGACAGACCAUCACCGCCCUGGCAGUCAGUUUGUGCUGCUGCCAACGAUCGUUGCUUCCAAUUUCAGGAUCUAUCCUGAAGGGGCCCUUAGGGAAAGCUCCCUCUUCACCAAUUUGUAAAGCAAAAGGGAUGUCUCUUCCUUGUAGCUACUUCCUCGUCACUAUAGCAAUAGUCAGAGGUUCUCACCGCAGUCGCUGUUGCUAGGGAUUUGCAGCAGGCUGGUGAGAACUGAGCCCCAGAAGCUGCGUUCAUGGCUGCCCCAAGUGGCACCGAGUGAUCCAGGUAUGGUUCUUUUGCACAUCAUGUUGAAAAAGCUUUGAGCUGCACAUGCAUUCUUUAAAAGCACAGAAACAUCUCCCAGCUCGGUGGCUGCGGACUAUGCCCUGUCUUGCUGCUUUCCAGGCUAGAGAGCUUCCCUGGGCUCUCGCCCACCCACCUUCCAUGUUGUCCAGCCCAAAUUCAGCCAGCAAAUCAGUGUCACCUUGGUGUCCUGCUAGGGAAGAGGCUAGGUGUGUCAAACUGCUCUCCAGGAGGGAAUAUUUCUUUAGGAAAAUCCACAGACCGAAGUUGAGGUGCCCCCGUGUUUUCCAAGAAGCCCACCCUUGAAAGAGACAUGAUAAAUGACUUCUUCAGGAGACCCAUAGAUCAGCCCUAAAUCAGUCCCCAGCUAAUUUAUCAUAACACUACAGGGGUGUCCUUCCAAGGAAACUGCUGCCAAUGAUUAAUGAUUGUGGAUUUUCUUUGGGAUUGGAAUGGUUUUGAGCAACAGCAAACUGCGCAGGAUGGCUUAGAAAUGAGUAAGUUUGGGGUUCUAAGAAAAAAAAGAAAAAGGAAUCCAGAUUGGGCCUUCUCCUUGUUCAUUUUGCCCUGACCAAAGGGUGUGUUUUUUCCGGCGCCUUCGUGUUGUAAGCAGAAGUCAAGUUCGUCUGUUACUCUUACUCAAAAGCUGUUACAACUGAAAAUAACGAUUAUUGUGGGUUAAGGGAAUAAUGGGUCAGUGCUAGCCUAAUCAUACAUAUGGGGCAAGUUGGAAAAUCAAUAAAUAUUUUUCUGG